AUGUCGUCAGGACCUUUUGUGCGCAUCAGCUACAACGAAGUCAGUGUCGACCACCCAGAAGCUUUCCAGAUCCUUGCGGCCCCACUGUGGAAAUCAGACUGGUACAAACUCUUCGCAGUACCCAACAGUACCUACAACAGCCUCACGUCCGAGUGUGACCCGAAGAAAUACGCAACAAUGCGCAGCAACCUGGCAUCUGGCUUUUCGGGCUCAAGCGUGAUGAAAAGCGAACCGUUCAUGGACAAGACAAUCCAGCUGCUGGAACAGCGCCUCGACGAGCUCAGCCAGCAGAAGAAGCCUUUUGAAUUCGGCCUCUGGCUCCACUUUCUCACGUGGGACAUCAUGGGCGAAGUCAUGUUCUCCACGCGCGUCGGCUUCCUCGACCAAGGCCGCGACAUCGGAAACUCAAUCAAGAACAACUUCGGCCUGGCCCUCUACGUCACGUCGACCGCGUACGCGCAGUGGCUACACGCCCUCCUCCUCAGCAAUCCCAUUCUCCGCUGGCUCGAUUUCCAACCCAAAGAGCUAUCAGCAAUCUGGGCGCCGGUGGCGACACGCAAAGAGUCUCUUCGUCUCUACCCAGGCGUACCGUGGAAUCUGCCACGCGUGGUGCCCAGAGAGAGUCUCACCGUCGCAGGCCAUCAUUUCACUCACGGCACCAUCCUGAGCGUCAACCCCUGGCUCAUCCACCGCAACGCGGCCUGCUUCGGCAAAGACGCCAACAAUUACAACCCAAAGCGCUAG